AUGUACUCAUUGCCUUGGAUCAGACUGGGAAUCGUCUUUCUUGGGUGUCUUCACUUUAAAAGUGCGAUUGCCAGCGACGAGCUGGCACGGGCGCAAAUAGCGCUCAACACCUUACAGACCUGGUAUAAUACAACCAGCGGUCUUUGGGACACAUGCGGAUGGUGGAAUGGCGCCAAUUGCAUGACUGUGAUUGCAGAUAUGGCUCAAGUCGACUCCUCAGUGGGAGAUCUCGCAACCGGUGUGUUUCAAAAUACUCUCGCCCAGGCCCCAGUCUAUAAUCCCAAUCCCGGCCCCGAGAACAGAACCCAAGCUCGAGUCACAGAUGGUGUGAAUGCGGUCAAUUGGCUGGACUCGGCGUACGAUGAUGACGGCUGGUGGGCACUGGCUUGGGUUGCAGCAUACGACGUUACCAAGGACUCGACAUAUCUGACUCUGGCCCAGGGAAUUUUCGCAAAUCUGGCCAAGGUCUGGGGCACCCGUUGCGGAAACGGUGGCAUAUACUGGAGCACGACCAGUUCAUAUGUGAAUGCAAUCACUAACGAGCUGUUCCUCUCGGUGGCUGCGCACCUUGCGAAUCGAGCGUCAUCAGAUGUCGAGAAAGAGAAUUAUGUGCAAUGGGCGCAGAAACAGUGGACCUGGUUCUCGACCCAGGACUUUUUUGGCCCUGAUUACACGAUCAACGAUGGUCUUCUGGGAAAUUGUCAGAAUAAUAAGCAGACUGUCUGGUCCUACAACCAAGGCGUCAUAUUGGGUGGCUUGGUUGAACUGAAUAGAGCGGCACCAAACCAGACAUAUCUGGACUGGGCAAACAGAAUUGCCCAAGCGGCAAUAAACAAGCUCGCAGAUGCAAAUUCGGUGAUUCACGACGUCUGCGAGCCCAACUGUGCCCCCGACGGGACUCAGUUCAAGGGCAUUUUCAUCCGCAACCUAAAGUCCCUGCAGAUGGCGUCUCCAAACGCGGUGUAUCAACGAGUCAUUACUUCUUGCGCGGACAGUAUCUGGACCAAUGAUCGCAAUCCGGACAAUGAACUGGGUGUCAACUGGGCAGGGCCAGUUGCCUCUGUGGAUGCUUCGACACACAGUUCCGCGUUGGACGCGCUUGUUGCUGCGAUUGGGGUGUAG